AUGUCGUCCGACAUGGAACUUGACCCAGUGCCGGAACUAACCCAGCCAAAACAGUCGCGAGUGUUGAUGGUUGGCGCUGGCGGCAUCGGAUGCGAACUCCUCAAAAACCUUGUUCUUACCGGCUUCGGAGAGGUUCACGUCGUUGACCUCGACACAAUCGACCUCAGCAACCUCAACCGACAGUUCCUCUUCCGCCAAGAGCAUAUCAAGAAAUCGAAGGCACUGGUCGCAAAGGAAGUUGCCGAAAAGUUUAAUCCGGCAGUCAAGAUCGUCGCCCAUCAUGCCAACAUCAAAGACGCCGAGUUCAGCAUUGCAUGGUUUAGCAGCUUCAGAAUAGUGUUCAACGCGCUGGACAACCUCGAGGCGCGGCGCCAUGUCAACAAGAUGUGCCUGGCCGCCGACGUGCCUCUGAUCGAGAGCGGGACCACCGGUUUCAAUGGCCAGGUCCAGGUCAUCAAGAAGGGGGUCACGGCGUGCUACGACUGCUCACCAAAGGAGACACCCAAGUCAUUCCCCGUCUGUACCAUUCGCAGCACCCCGAGCCAACCGAUCCACUGCAUCGUCUGGGGCAAGAGCUAUCUUCUGAACGAGAUCUUUGGGACAAGCGAGGACGAAUCGGCUUUUGACCACUCAUCCGAUGCCGAGAACGCGCAGGAGAUUGCGGAACUGAAGCGCGAGUCCGAAGCGCUACGGAGAAUCCGCGACUCGGUCGGCAACCCCGAAUUCCAUGAGAUGCUUUUCAACAAGGUUUUCAACACCGAUAUCGUUCGGCUGCGGUCAAUGGAGGAUAUGUGGAAGUCGAGGAAGCCGCCGGAGCCGCUCGAUUACAAAGAUCUGUUGGAGAAGGCCAAGGAAGCGCUAGCGUCCAAGGAAGCGGUCUUGAAGGAUGACCAGAAGGUCUGGUCGCUGGAAGAGAACUUGGUCGUGUUGAACGACAGCCUAGAUCGGCUGAGCAAGCGAGUCCUCGACAUGAAGAAUACAGGGGAUGGUCCUCCAGACGCGAUCAUCACUUUUGACAAGGAUGAUGAGGACACGCUGGAUUUUGUCGCCGCAAGCGCAAAUAUCAGGUCGACAUUGUUCGGCAUUGACCGCAAGUCCAAGUUUGACAUCAAGCAGAUGGCCGGCAACAUCAUCCCGGCUAUCGCAACGACGAAUGCCAUUGUGGCCCGGUCUCUGUGUCCUCGAGGCGUUCAACUCCAAUUGGGGUAUGGGGAGAGGGAAAUCUCCGUCAGCAACGAGGUCGGCAUUUUAUAUGACCCCGAUGAGACGGACAAUCUUGGCAAGAAGCUGAGCGAACUUGGUAUCAAGCCGGAUUCGUUCUUGACAAUCACGGACGAAGACGACGAGGAUCCCAAGGAGCCCCUUGACGACAAACCCAUUCGGGGCAUCUCAUCCGGAGAGGUCAAGAUUCCGACCAAGCCAAAGAAAACACCUGCGCCAGAGGCCAAUGGCCGGAAUGGACAUGGCGUCGAAAAUGGUAGCAGACAGCAGAGCGAAGGAGUAUCCGAGGUGGUACCGGCGAAACGCCCACACCCGGAAGACUCGGAGGAUAUCGCAGUCGCCAAGAAGGCAAAGACGGUGGCGUCACCCGCGGCUAAGGAUGAUGACAUUGUUGUCCUCGACCAUCCCGCCGGGGGUGCCAUCGUCAUUGACGAUGAUUGA